CGGCAGUGCGACGAGAGGGCAGGAGGCUGACCCGGAGACCUGUAUCAAGGAGUUACACAAGAGGAGGAGGUAGAAACUGGAAGCUCUCUGAAUGUGCUGCCCGCAGACUUAAGGCUUUUUCAGAGACUCAAGAUGACUUCCCACAAGAGAUGCUUUCUGGAGGGAUUGUGCUGAAGACGGAGCGCUGCAGCCUCUAACUGGGACAGCUCUUGCUGGUCUGGAGCUGAGACCAACUUCUCUCCCUUUUCCCUUGGAGAUGUUGCAGAGAUUUAAUCUGACCUCCUCCUCCUCACCUGAAGCCUGCCGUGGCGAUGAUCCCACAGCCAGAUCCGACCACCAAAGAGAAGAGAAUUGUGUGUUUGAAGCUGGGCCGUCGUUGUAACUGAACUGGAAUUUACUCCCUGCUUGCGCUUCUGGAACGAGUGCCGUUCCUCUGCUUGUCUGUGUGUGUUUUGAGCCACUCCUCCCAGAUCUUGUUUGAAAUUCUUGGGCUUUCCACACUGAAUUUGCCCAUGGCUUUCCUGAUGAAGAAGAAGAAAUUCAAGUUUCAAACAAGUUUUACUCUAGAAGAGCUGACUGCUGUCCCCUUUGUGAAUGGGGUUCUGUUCUGCAAAAUCAGGCUGCUAGAUGGAGGAGACUUUGCUAGCUUAUCUACCAGAGAGGAAGUUCAGGAAAACUGUGUCCGCUGGAAAAAGAAAUUCACCUUUGUGUGUAAAAUGAGUGCCAACCCAGCCACAGGACUCCUGGACCCCUGCAUCUGCCGAGUAUCUGUCCGUAAGGAGCUGAAGGGCGGAAAAACCUACUCGAAGCUGGGCUUUGCUGAUCUAAAUCUGGCAGAAUUUGCAGGCUCUGGAUCCACUGUCCGUUGCUGCUUGCUGGAAGGAUAUGAUACUAAGAACACCCGACAGGACAACUCCAUCCUAAAGGUCACGAUCGGAAUGUCCCUGCUCUCGGGGGACCCCUGCUUCAAAACGCCUCCUUCCACCGCCAAAUCCAUCACCAUACCGGGACAGGACUCUACUUUGCAGCUGACCUGUAAGGGUGAGGGAACCACAAGCAGCAGCAGCAGCAGUUCAGCCACGAUUGGCUCUCUGCGUCAGACCAAGCCAAGAACUGCCAUUCUCAGCUCAGGUGUCGCAGAAGAACCGGAUCAGAACCUGUCCAGCCCAGAGGAAGUCUUCCACUCAGGGCACUCACGGAACUCCAGCUACGCCAGCCAGCAGUCCAAGAUCUCCGGUUACAGCACGGAGCAUUCCCGUUCUUCUAGUAUGUCUGACUUGACCCAUCGCCGGAAUACCUCCACCAGCAGCAGUGCGUCUGGAGGGCUGAGUAUGACGGUGGAGUGUCCUGAGGGAGAGCGGGACCACAAACUAGAGAAGCCACCUCGCCCCCCCAGACCAGCUCUCCUGCUGGAUAGACCCUCCCGGAGGAAAAAGGAUUCAGUGGAGAGUCACCCAACCCGAGUGGAUGACACUAGGAUCGAUGCUGAUGAUAUAGUGGAGAAAAUAAUGCAGAGUCAGGACUUUACAGAUGUCAGCAAUACUGAAGACAGUAACCUGAGGUUGUUUGUGAGCAGAGACGGAACAACUACAUUGAGUGGUAUUCAGCUGGGAAACAGGGUCUCAUCUGGAGUUUACGAGCCAGUGGUGAUUGAAACCCACUAAAUGUGAAGAACAGGGUAGAGCUGCUGGAAACUGGCCCCCUACCCAGUCCGCUGCCACAUGGAUGCCAACCUUUACCUCUCUUCAUGCAGCAUUCCAGAAGGGAUUUCUCCACACCCCUCCCCAUACAUUUGCACUGCAGAACUGCUCCGAGACCACUCCAGAUCAUGCACUUUCCCUGUGUUGGCAUUACCCUUGUCCACUUCCCGGUUCUUCCAGUGCCUGCCUUCCCCCUGUUUCUGAUCAGACACAAGGUGUCUGUUGGGCUUAUCCUUAGUCCUAGAGGAUGUUGCUCAUCUGCAUCCCUCACUCCACCCAUUCACUUGCAGCAGGGGACUCCUCAGCUUCUGUCUCCCCAAAACAUUGGGUUAUACCACUGUGAACUCUUCAGACCACUGAGGGAGGGGGAAACCAUUCUAACCAAACCAAGAGCUGCUUGUUGGUGACACGGUG